CAGGGGUAGGACGUGCUAAGGACACGUGCGUCGCCUGGAGCCAGGCCAGGUACUGCGUCAUGGGGGUGUGCAGGAUGAACCACCACCGCGACUCGGAGACGCCGCUGGCCAGCGACCACGCGACGACCUGCACGCUGCCCGAGGACUGCGGCGACGCAGCGCUGCUGGGGCGCGUGUACCCCUUCGCGCUGGUGCUGCGGCUGCGCGUGCUGCAGGUGGUGUGCGGCAUCUCGGGCGCCGUCAUGGGCACCGUGGCGGCCAUCGAGGAGCGCGGCGACGUCAACCUGGGGCUGGGCGUGCCGGCCGGCUGCGCCACCGUGCUCGCCGCCGCCGUGAGCAUCCACACGUCGCGCGGCUUCAGCGGCUACCAGCCGGCGGCGGCGUCUCCGCGCAUGCGCUGUGCGCGCGCGGCGCUGUGGUGCUGCGCAUGCGCGCUGCACGCGGCGCUGGCCGUGCUGGCGGCCGCCAUCUUGUCGGCGGGCGAGGCGAGCAGCACGCUGACGGUGCUGGCGGGCGUGGAGCUGGGUAUCACCGGGGUCACCGCGGCGGCCGUGCUGGCGCUGCUGUGGAUCGACUGCCGGUACGACCCGGACUGACCCGGAGCCGGGCCGGACUCCUCCCAGGGCUCCGGCACGGGCACCGGCAUCAGCCUGGUGGCGCUGCCGUCCACGUCGUCGGACAGGACGCCGCGCUCCUAGGAUGUCCGCCGGACACACCACCGGACAAGACCGCGGGGUCUCUCCUCUCGUUGGGACGAGCCAAGCCGUGUGCCGGCGAGACGUGAAGUGUGCAAGUGUGCCAACCUCCGGUGGAGCUAAACACUCGGGACACUUCCUCACCACGUGUGCACCCUCAACUCUGCAAGCAGUGACGCGAGUCUUGUCUCCAGGGGCUGCAAGGAAGCCAGCCACCCAGGUGUCUGGUCCCCUCAGUGUGGACCCUGCAGCACGCGGACCUCAAAACCAUCCGUCGGACCAACUUAACGGCCAGUUGCACCAUUCUGCUCUCCGAUCCGCGAUCCAAUCAUCUCAGCCAAAAAUUGCGAUCGUGGGAUGAUCAUUCACAAACGUUGCGCUAACACGUACUGGAACUAGACGAGCUUCGCUCGCGUGAACCAAAGUUCGUACGUUUUUUCAAUUCUGCGACUACAGGCAGCAGCAGUGUCGGACAACCGUUGUUUGCAUUUCUAUUGGCGGGCUUGGGACGAUAUGAAGUCGCUACAGUCAAUUUUUUCCGUGUCGAGCAAAUGAUUGAUGCGGUUGCCGUAAGGUAGCAGCACGUACGGUCGCUACAUCAACUGUUGUUGUUUUUUUAAGAAAGACCGAAAUACGCAUGCCGGUAUUUAAAAGUUAUUCCAAAUCAAAGUAGUCUGAAAUAUAAUAUGUUUUUUACUUAAAUAAGCCUCUAUUUAUUUGGAAUGUAAUUACGACGAAAUAAAAUAGCCUUAUUAAAGCAUGAAAAUAAAAUAAUAAAUGUUCCAAACAUUUAAAAUAUGGGUUAUUUCACGCUGGAAGUGGUUGUAACAUUGGAAUAAAUAGAAUUUUUGAUACACGUAUUAUAUAUGAUCGGAAAUUUUGUAAACGAUUCUUUAAUAUUUACGUCUGAUUUAAUUAACCUGCGUUAAGUCCGUAAAAAUAAUUCCGGGCGUGCCUGCUUGCAGAGAUAAUCGUCGUGAACAGACAUGACUGUCGGUACUGCAGUAGAACUACAAUAUUUGCGUGAUCGCUUGGACUCUAAUGGUGCGACUGGUUAUUGGUCAGCCCCGACUGGACACGACCAAUCACUAGCGGCGACGGAGCACGGCCGGCUGAACUCCAACGACUUAUUGGCCGAUAGAACUGUCAAAAACACAUGCCAUGGCGGGUGCCGCUGACACAUCGUUGAGGUUAUGCAAUCGCGCAGCGAUAUUUAUAGGCGAUGGUAUUUCGAUAAAUCGUUUGCGAGUAAAAUAUAUCGGCUCGAUGUGAUAGCGAUGUAUCAUGUUAUCGAAAUGCUGUAACUUUUACUCUUGAUUUGCUUGUUACGAAAUUUACGUGUAAGUAGGUAUGUGUAACAUGUAUUCCUUUGUAUGUCUGUUAUUGAAAUGAAAUCACAUAAAGCAAGUCA